GUUUUCGUGUGGACCGGGUUCCACCCAAUCUGGAUGCGGUGGUGAUUGGCAGCGGCAUUGGAGGUCUGACAGCUGCAGCCCUUCUAGCCAAAGCCGGGAAAAGAGUUUUAGUCCUGGAGCAACAUGAUCAUGCCGGAGGCUGCACACACACCUUCCAGAAAGAGGGCUUUGAGUUUGAUGUUGGUAUCCACUAUCUGGGCCAACUGCAUGAGAACAGCUUGUUGAAGGUUGCUGUGGAUCAGAUCACAGAGGGACAGCUGCAGUUUGUGAAGCUGGAGCAACAUUAUGAUACCGUCCUUUUUGGAGAGCCUGGCCAGUGCAGGUGUGCAGCACCCUUUAAAGGAAAACACGCUUCACGGAGAGCUCCCCUUCUUGCCAUACUGAAGAUGCUGCCCUACCCAUUGGUGAACUUUCUGAUUUGGACGGGCCUAUUGGAUAAAAUAUCUUCUAUUUUUCAACUAGCAACAACCAGGCAUUCAGAAAUGAUGUCCCGACUCACUCAGAACAAAGACCUGCAGGCUCUCUCUGCCUACCUUUUCUAUGGUGUUCCUCCUAAAGAGUCAAGCUUUCUCAUCAACGCUCUUCUUCUGCAUCACUACAAACGUGGGGCGUACUAUCCAUAUGGGGGUUCCAGUGAGAUUGCCUUCCACAUCGUUCCUGUCAUUCAGCAGGCAGGUGGUGAAGUACUGGUCAGGUCGCCUGUUCAACGCAUCCUCAUUAACAGUGAGGGAAAGGCCUGUGUUGGUUGCUGCAAGGUGAAGAUGUUGAAAGUUGGGAUACAUUUGCAAGAAGAAUUAAGUGUGGUUUAUUUCCCUGUGGGCGGACGCCAUCAUGGUGGCAGUAUGGAGGAAUACUGUUCUUUGAAGAGAGAGCAGGUUCUAGGAAACAUCCCCAUGAUGUUCAUCACCUUCCCAUCUGCUAAAGACCCAUCAUCCACCAUCAGACAACCAGGUAAAUCCUGUAUGACAUUGCUUACCAUGGCGCGCUAUGAGUGGUUUGAGGACUGGGAGAAGACCAAGGUUGGCAAGAGAGGCCAAGAAUACCAGGAUAUGAAGGAGAGCAUGGCCAAAGAGCUGCUGGAAUGGGCUCUAACCAUCUUCCCCCAGCUCCGAGAUAAGGAUCACUGA